CCGGCGCGGGUUGCUGACUGCGGCGCGUGCCCGUAACGGCUGCUCGCGGGCAUCGCCUCACACAGGCGUCCCCUCACAGGGGUGCCGGCGGCCGGUCGUGCUCUCGAGUGUGCGUCCGGCUCCCUCGGCUUAGGAGGGAAGAUGGGGAAGGUUGCCCGGUAUAGGCGCACGCAAUGGCUGCCCGCGUCUCUUCAGCUUUGCAGCUGUGGUAAAUGUGCGGCAGGCCAGACCCACGGGGAACCUCGCACAGUUCCUGCCCUCCUAAGUGCCUCAGUGCGGCGACAGGCUGGGCUGGGCGUUGCGUUGGAAGGGCCCGUUAGAGCGUUCUGGGAGCAAGGUAGCAAGCGAUGUCAGUGGGAGGUUAAAAUCUUUUAAAGAAUUGAGAGCAAUCGGUACUGGACGCUGGGGGUGUGGAAGGAGGUUUGAGUUCAUGUACGUGCUCGGAAUUGACGGGAUAUGGGGGCCGCUGGCACCUCCUGCCGUUAGGGAAAUAUUAACUUUGAGCUCUGAUUUCAUUUAGGGAUAAAGCUGGUUAGGAAGUACCUUGCAGAAAACCGCUUAAGACUAAAUAGGUGCAAACGACGAUGCAAAUUCCCAUUUUUACGGUUGAUGCGUUUACAAACCAGCCGUUUUCUGGAAAUCCUGCGGCAGUUUGCCUGCUUGAAAAUGACUUGGAUGAAGAUUUGCACCAAAAAAUCGCAACAGAAAUGAACCUUUCAGAAACUGCUUUCAUCAGAAAACUGCGCCCUGGAGAUGACUUUACCAAAAGUUCCUGCUUUGGACUCAGGUGGUUCACCCCAGCCAAUGAAGUUCCUCUCUGUGGUCAUGCUACGCUUGCAGCAGCUGCUGUGUUGUUUCACAUACAAAAAAACACAAAUUCAGUUCUCACAUUUGUGACGCUGAGUGGGGAAUUAAAAGCCAGACAAGUGGAAGAUCAUAUUGUCCUGGACUUACCACUUUACUUAACCUACCCACAGGUACUUCAGGAAGUAGAAGAGUUAAUAAAGGCAGCCAUUGGUGACAUGAUUGUUCAAGAUCUCCGUUAUUCUCCUGACACAAAGAAACUCUUAGUCCGCCUCAGUGAUGCUUAUGAAAGAUCUGUGUUGGAGGAACUGCAAGUGAGCGCACAACGCUUUUUGUCAGCUGAAAAGACAGGAAAGGUGAAAGGACUCAUACUCACUCUUAAGGGAAAUUCCAGUGGAAAACAUAAAGGCCAUGAUUUUUACUCCAGAUAUUUUGCACCUUGGUAUGGAGUUCUGGAAGACCCUGUUACAGGAUCUGCCCAUGCCGUUUUAAGCAGCUACUGGUCAGAGCAGCUGGGGAAGAAAGAAAUGCUCGCUUUUCAAUGUUCCCGCCGUGGAGGAGAGUUGAAGAUUUCACUGCGUAAUGAUGGAAGAGUUGAUAUUGCAGGGCAAAUUGCUAUUGUAUUAAAAGGAAACCUGACUUUCUAAAGAAAUUAGCACUAACAAUUUCUUAUCCCACAUCGUCAAAUUAUUCAUAUUAUUCAUAUUAUGCUGAUUAUAUCUUAGCUCUAGGCAAUGAAUUGCCACUGUCCUCAAAAGUCUUUGAUUACUUAUUGUCCAUUUAAAAAAAAUGCUUGGAAAUGCUCACUUCUAAUCUUCAGGAUCCUUAGUAUUGUUUUCUUCAUUUUCAUCUUGCCACUUUAUAUGUACGCUGACCUCAGAAACUGUCCAAGGACAGCUAUCUUGUUUUUCUGCUUUUAAAUGAUUCUUUUCUUCAUUUCCAUACUCUAUGUUAACAGCCAUUCCUGCUUCCUGCAUUGAAUUGUAAACUUUUCUGAUUGAUACAAUAAUCAGACUUUUUCCAUGUUCAGUCAUUCUCCAUGAAAUCUGACUACAGUCCUUUAAAAAUUAAUCUUUCCCAUAGAUUGAAGUGAUGCUCAUAUGUUCAUUAAUUUACUUGAAUUAAAAUAUGGAAGAAGAAAAAAGGUUUAGAAAUGUGCUUCAUGGUUCUCUUUGAUGAACACUGUUUUUCAAAUAUGAAUGGUAUUACAAUGGCUUGUAGUACUGCUGCUUAGUCAAUAUUUUUUAAUUAAAAUUUUAGCAGAAAGAUUUAAGAGACGGACAUAGUGAUGCACAUAAAACUGGUUAAAAUCUGAAAGAAAACUUUAUUGGUUACAGCAAUAUCAUUUACUUUUCAAAGACUGAAGAUUUGCUCUUGAAUUAAAAGCUUCUUCUGUAAUUUUCUUCAUGAAAUGUACUGCUUCAGAUUUUGUCACUUUUUCCUUUAGCGUUCUCAUCUUUCUCUGGAUUUACUAGGAAUAUUGAACUGUUUCAGUUACUCUAGCUAAAACUUGUCCUAAGCUUUGCUUUAGUUCUUUCUCUUUGCAAUAGUUCAGGAUGAAGUAUUUUGAACUCAAAGGCACUUUCAUACUGUGGGAACAGCUGGAUGUCAGCCCUUUAUAAAUCAUGAGGAACUUAGUUGUGCCAAGUUUCCCUAUUUCCAGUUACUUUUAAUUUUAUAACUCGUAACUUACAUCUUACUUAAGCCCGAGUAGCUGGAGGCAAGUAACAGUGUGAGAAUCCUAGGAUUCAUUUGACAUAAAAGUUUCUAGCUCCUGUUGCUACACAGAACGUACCGAAAAUAUGAUUUAAAUGCACUACGAAGCUCAAGAGCUAGAUGGCAAGCAAAAGGAAUUGCCAAAUGGAAACGCAUGUUCUUCCGUAUUCAUUCUUGCUGAAGUUCAUGGACCUGAAAUACAGUUUGUAAAUACGGACUCAUCGUGAGAUGCAACACGCGGCUAUGGAGGCAGCUUAACAGCAGGGUUGCAAUGGCAUGUUUAGUUGCCACCUUGACCUUGCCUUCUCACAAAGCAAAUUGAUCACUUUCUGGCUAGUGACCUGGAUCUUCUUGAGGGGCAAUACUGCAAUCUCGUUUUGCUGCAUUUGCUACUUCCUGUGGGUUUACGCAAAGAGUGAGUCUGGCCCAUAAUCUGAGAUUCUGUUUUUCAGAAAAAAAAAACCCCUCUCCUUAAGAAUAUACAUGAACUAAAGAAGCAAUUAUUAUUCACCCAUCCACAUUUAACAAAUACACAGUACAAUUAUUUUUUUUUACUCAAGAGGACUAAUAAUGAACAAAGCCCAGUAAAUUUUAAAUAUACUAUCUAAAUUUCCUGACCAAACCAAUAUCUUUGCUGCUUAAUGCAUUUUUUUUUGUUUUAAUAGUUUACUACUACUAAGUCUCUAUUUCUGUUCAGGAUAGAAAAAUCACCAGAGCUCAGGUGGGAGCCUAUGCAGUAAUGUGUUUGUAAUCAACGGAUUAGAUAAUCAGCCAUGAUUUAUUAAUGAUGAAUUAAUUAUACCUGAUUGUGCAGUUCUGCUGCCUAAAUGAAGCUUUAAAGCAGAUAUUUUAUUAAUCAUCAUUGUGCUAAUUGCAGACACUUACAGAGGGAUUGCUAAUUAAACAUGCAACCAUAUGCAAAACAAGCAAGGCUGCUGAGAGUGGCAAGAAAAAGAGCACUCAUUUUCUGAGUAGCAACUUUAUUCUCAUGAAAUAUUGUGUAGUUGACCUGGUGAUCCUAAUCACUCACUAAGACUUAAUAUAUUGUACAUUUUCAGUCAACGGUAAAGAAAAUUAAUUGUUGUGACAAA